AAGUAAUGUUGUAUAAGGGAUCACACCCCGGAGGUGCGGCGUGGGGCGGGUCACGGAGGAGGCGGACACACCACAACAAGACUCCUCGCCUCUAUACCCUCAUAUGACUGCCCAGACCCGCCGCACCACACUCCUGCCAUGAGUUUUUUUGGGUUCGGCCAAAGUGCCGACAUAGAAAUCAAGCUCGAUGGAGCUGAAACGCGAAAAAUGGCUGAAAUGAAGACAGAAGAUGGAAAGAAGGAGCGAAACUUGCUAUACUAUGAUGGAGAGAGUGUAUCAGGAAAGGUGAAUAUAUCUCUAAAGAAGCCUGGAAGCCGUUUAGAACAUCAGGGUGUAAAGAUUGAGUUUGUGGGUCAAAUUGAAUUGUAUUAUGACAGAGGAAACCACCAUGAAUUCACCUCUCUGGUCAAGGAGCUGGCCCGACCAGGUGAACUCAGUCACAAUACCUCCUUUGAGUUUGAGUUCAAUCAAGUGGAAAAGCCAUAUGAAUCUUACUCAGGAACAAAUGUGAGACUUAGGUAUUUCCUCAGAGUGACCAUUGUGAGAAGACUAUCUGACAUCACGCAAGAAAUGAACCUGUUAGUGCACACACUCUCCUCUUAUCCUGAAAUGAACAACUCUAUCAAAAUGGAAGUUGGCAUUGAGGAUUGUCUACAUAUUGAAUUUGAAUACAACAAAUCAAAGUACCACUUGAAGGAUGUCAUUGUUGGUAAAAUCUACUUCCUUCUGGUGCGCAUCAAGAUCAAACACAUGGAAAUUGCUAUUAUCAAGAGAGAAACUACUGGAUCUGGACCCAACACCUUUAAUGAAAACGAAACUAUUGCCAAGUAUGAAAUCAUGGAUGGAGCUCCAGUGCGAGGAGAGAGCAUCCCCAUAAGGGUGUUCCUGGCUGGCUAUGACCUCACACCCACCAUGCGGGACAUCAACAAAAAGUUUUCUGUACGGUAUCAUCUCAACUUGGUGCUGGUGGAUGAGGAGGAACGCCGCUAUUUUAAGCAACAGGAAAUCACACUGUGGCGCAAGGGUGAAAGGAUGAGACGUCCUCUUCAACAGCAGCUAAUGGCCCAACAGACCAUAUCACAGAAAAACCAGCAGAGCUCAUUUCCACAGUCACAUCCACAAGGCCAGCCACCUGAGUUUGCGCCUGCAAUGCAAUCUACUGGUGCUGAGCCUCCGUCCCCACAACAGUCACAGUCUCCCAUGCAUGAGGAGGCUCCAGAGCAGCUUCCUCCAGCCAAACCAUCACCACAGUCACACACAAGACAUCAACACACCACUGCUACCCCUCAACCCAAACCUCAGCUUGAGCCUCCAGAUGAAGAUGUGUCAACUCCCAAGCUGCCCUCGCCACCCACGGAACCCCCCACCAGUAUUGACUCUCCUGAGGAAGAGUUUGUGGAGGCUCAAGCAGGCUCACCCUCAGAUGAAGAGGAACCAGAAGAAGAGGAGCAAGAAAGAGUCAAACCUUCUCCAGGAGUAUCACAAGAGCCUGUUCCUGUCGCUCAGUAGUAGUCAAUCAAUUUCUGCCAGGUAGAGCUUAGUGUGGGAAGGGUGGGGUAGCCUAAGACAGUGACAGGGUUUAGACUGGCUUGUUUUAGUUAUGGCCUUAUCAAUAUGGGUUUAUUUUGCACUGAUACUUUGCUUUAAACCAGCCAUAACUAAGACAGGUGUCCUCCCCAUUGUACAGUGGUAAAGGGAUAUUAUUCUAACCCUCCAGUAACAUAUUGUAGUCUUGGAAGGACGUAAUGAAUCCUAUAAAUCUUUUAAUGGAGAAUCUAAGCAAAUUACAUAUUGUACAUAGAAAUGAAGAUUUACCAUACACAUUUAAUAGACUUCUAUUAGUUCUUAAUUUCUGUCAAUUAAUAAGAAUUAUUUGUGUUUAUCUUUCCCUUCUCAAACUUCGAGCUGUCUCUUCCCUAUGAGCAACUUAUAUUUUGUUCCCAGCAAAUUUGCUUGCUUUAAUGAUCUAAGGCAAUUCAGUUUAGGUUUAGAGAAAGAUAUUUAGAACUUAUUUCAUUAUUUGUUAUAGAUUGCUCAAUUUACAUGAGCUUACUACAACUUACAACUUUCAGUUGCAUGGUUAGUCUUAUUUCAAAAUUCUUAUGCAGUUUGUUCCUGGAAAUUAUUAUAGUGUACUCAAGAUUUUCUAUUACAUAGAUUUUGGCAUGUGCUACUUGAGAUUACUUGAAGGUCUAGAUUUUCAUUAUAUUUCCAGAGGAAAACAUAAUAUGAAAAAAAAUGCUGAUUAUUUUUAUUUUUUUCUGUACCCAACUCAUUUGAUUGAUUUUCUGUCAUUAGCUACCUAAACAUCUUUAGUCUGUCAUACAAGAUGAUUAUUAAUUUCCUUUCCAUUAUCAUAAUUUUCAAAGAUCUGAUGAUAAGUUUAGGUAUUUGAAAAUAUUAAUACAGUUGCCUUAAAAGUUGUGUUACAGUGUUAUAAAAGUAGCAUAUAUUUUUGGUGCAGUGCAGGGGUCAGUCACUUAGUUUAUAACUGGGUGUGAUUGCUGUGAAUGUUGAAUAUUUGGUAAGUAUUUUCAUCACUCAGAUGGUACCAGAUGACUGUGGUAAAGUAUCUAUGCCCUUUAAUGUGAUUGUGAGUGACAAGAAUUUCACUAUCUUUGUCAUGCUCAGACUUCAUAACUUUUUCUGUAUAAAUUAUUUUGUACAUUUUCACAUUAAAUCUGAGGCUACAGAACCUUGGCCAGGUAGAAGAAUAUUGAUCAGAGGGAAAAGAUUGGAUAAAGGCAUGUGUGUUGUACUAAUAAUUAUCUCAUCAGGAAAAUAUCAACUGAUUAAUUUAUAGAAAUUGACAAAAUUAUAAGCCAGUAAUUAUUAAAACAUGAUCCUGUAAUUCAUUGGUAUAGUUCCUUUCACUUUUACAAGAAUAUUACAUCUUACUCUACUAUUAUGGAUAGAUGUGUCCUCUUCGAGACUUUUGAAUGAAUAUAUAUAUAUAUAUAUAUAUAUAUAUAUAUAUAUAUAUAUAUAUAUAUAUAUAUAUAUAUAUAUAUAUAUAUAUAUAUAUAUUGUCAUUCCACUUGUUUUGUUGAUUUUCUUGUGGCUGCUACUUUCUGAAUGAAUGUUCUGUAACUCGCAUGAACUAUAUUCAUUGCAUUUUUCUUUGGCAGUGGUAAUCUUCCAAUACAUAAGAGUACACUGCCAUAUAGAUUUUUUAUUUAAGUAUGAUUUGAUUCUUAUUUAUAGAGCAAUAAAAAGACUGCUUAAGCAGUAAGAGAUUUGUGAAUGAUUUUAAUGUUCAUCAUCACCCUCCCUUUUUCAUGCACUGAGUGAGAUGGGAAAGAGAUUAAAAGUCAGGAAAAUAAAAAUGGGAAAAAAAUAUUUUGACUCAUGAAUGCACCAAAUAUUGGUUGGUGUGCUUUUUCUCACAUCCUGCACAUAUCCACUCUGUAGUUGCAUUGAAACUUGAAUCAGGUAUGUGAUUCAUUAUGAAGGCAUUGCCUGAGGAUAUAUAUAUAUAUAUAUAUAUAUAUAUAUAUAUAUAUAUAUAUAUAUAUAUAUAUAUAUAUAUAUAUAUAUAUAUAGUGAAUACUCUCAUGUUGAGUACAUAUUGUGAAUUGCUGUACAAUAUAUUGGAAUAUCUGUGAACUUUUAUAUGAAUGACUAGAAAAGGAUUUUGCAUUGGCAGUUUUGAUAUUGUACUUCAACUUCAAAACAGCAAAUCCUAAGGUUAAUGUGUAUUUUGGCAUAUAUUUGUACAGUAUAAGUUAGAGUCUGCAUGACUUACCAGUCAUUCUUAAAUGUUAUGUAUAGGAAGGGUAUACUUUUUUUGACACUGGUAAUCAACAUAUAAGCUAUUAUAGUUGUGGUUUCUGCUGGAUGAUGACUGGGUUUACAGCUUUGAGAGUUUAUUGAUGCUUGGAUGAUGAGAAUAUUUACAUGCUUACCCCCAAACAAAAUGUUACUGAGAAAAUCACUUUCCCUGCUCCUGUGUUUUCAUUACUAAAAUACUACACUGAAUGGUCAGGCAAAUCAUUGUGUAGGUGCUGGAGAGCAGUCAUUCAUAGGUCAGUAGGGAAGUUAAAUUUGUACAUUUACACAAACAAGUUUAUCAUAAUAAUUCAUUAAUCGUGUAAAAUAAGAGGUAAUCACUACUGUGUGUUGCUGCUAAUUUCACAUGAGAACCACAUUGUGAUCUUCCAUACCAUCUGAUGAACCAUUGUAAGUUAUGUAGAUAGGUAGCAGUCGUACUGUUUUGUUUUGUGUUGAUGAGUGGCAAGUUGGAAGUAUUGAUAACUCUGAAUAGCUUAUCAGUUUAAUUAAAGGGUUUUUUUUUCAGGAAUGCAUAGCUAGAAAUAUAUUGUUUAAAUGCUCUGAAUGGAGUUAUGUAAAUCAAUUCAUAUGAUAAAUUAAUGCAUAAUCAGAGGUGGAAAGAUAUGAUAAUGCCCUGAAGCAGAUAUGCAAGACAGUUAACCAAGUUCUCAAGUAGAUGACAAACUCAGAUAUUAUGUCAUUUACUGUUUAUUUUCUUUUUGUCUUGUUGCAGUUACUACAUCACAUACGUACUAUAUUUCUAUUCUUAUCUUGGCUACAUCUUAUAUAAGGGAGAGCAAAAGAGAAUAGCGGAAGGUGCAGUUUUCUAAGGUGCCAUCAUGUGAGCAGUUUCUU